CCGCGUCCACGCUGAGCGGCCGGGAUGUAUCGUCCAAGCAUCGGCCGGAGAGCAUUUCCGAUCAGAGGCCGACGUCGCCGAGACAUCUUGCCUAUUAGCAAACGCUCCCUGAGCGAUAUCGUCCCGAUGGAAUUUUGUAGGUCGGCUCGACAUCGGCACAACGUAUGUGUGCUGUCUGGGGAGUCUGACUGGAAUCGAACCAUAAAUGAAUUUGAGCGCGUGGCGUCAAUUCCGAAGCCUGUAGCGCAGAUCCAGCCCACAGACUUUCCCACUGAGAUCACGUCUAUCCCUGAAUGGGGCACCUCACCUGUGGAGGACUAUGAGGAAGUCUUCACCCCGUUAAUUCCCUUUAAUACACAGUCAAAAACUCCAGGGGUUAAGAAUCCUUUUUACCCCGUGACAGGUGAAUCGUACGGUGCAUAUGCUGUCAUGUGCAUCUCCAUCCUCAUAUUCACUGUGGGAAUUGUUGGGAAUAUAGCAAUCAUGUGCAUAGUGUGUCACAAUUACUACAUGAGAAGCAUUUCAAACUCUUUGCUGGCCAACCUCGCCCUGUGGGAUUUUGUCAUCCUGUUUUUCUGCUUGCCACUUGUUGUAUUCCAUGAACUCACUAAGGACUGGCUCCUUGGGGAAUUCUCCUGUAAAAUCAUUCCAUACCUUGAGGUGGCGUCUUUAGGAGUAACUACCUUCACUCUUUGUGCUUUGUGCAUUGACCGUUUCCGUGCCGCGAGCAACGUCCAGCUGUACUACGAGAUGAUCGAGAACUGCAUCUCCACUGCAGCCAAGCUUACCGUGAUCUGGCUCGGUGCUCUGCUCCUCGCCCUGCCCGAGCUCCUCAUCCGGCAACUGGUGAGAGAGGAGCGCGAGCCUCCAGAGGUGAUACCUUGCGAACAUUGUGUAAUCCGAAUCUCCACGGCUCUCCCGGACACGCUUUAUGUGCUCGGACUCACCUACAACAGCGCUCGCCUAUGGUGGUACUUUGGCUGCUACUUCUGCCUGCCCACCCUCUUCACCAUCAUCAGUUCGGUGGUAACCGCACGCAAAAUCCGCAAGGCUGAGCGAACCAGCGUCCGAGGCAACCGCAAGCAGAUCCAACUGGAAAGCCAAAUGAACUGCAUCGUGGUUGCUUUGGCUAUACUGUAUGGCUUUUGCAUCAUUCCGGAGAACAUCAGCAACAUCGUUUCAGUGUACAUGGCUACAGGCGUGCCACGGCGCACGCUAGAUAUCUUGCAUCUGGUGAGUCAGAUGAUGCUGUUCUUCAAGUCCGCAGUUACACCUGUCCUGCUUCUGGUGCUCUGUCGGCCCUUCAGCAAAGCCUUGCUGAACUGCUGUUGCUGCUGUUUUGAGGAGUGCGGCCCACCAAAGUCCUCCGAGCCCAACAGUGAUCGCAACGACCAGGACGGCACCACCGAGCUGGAGCUGUCACCCUACAGCACUGUAGUCCGCAGGGAUCCAUCUACCUUCCCAAUAGCGGGAACGCACUGCUAAAGUUGUACCUUAAGGGCUAAACAUUACCAAGGGCUUCGAUUUAUUUGGAAUAAAAAAGUUGAGAGAUGUUGUUUUCACAGGCUGUGCAAUUUUGUGCCGUUUCUGUUUUUACUCGACUUUGUUUUGGGAGAGAUGCCCACAAACUGGAUAUUUUAUCUUGUGAAAAUAGGGACAAAGAGCCACACAUUUAACACAGGCCACAUGGUCUUAAAGAUGCAACUGCCUAUUGAUGUUUACAAAAGAAGACGUGUACCAUGAGUAAUUUCUUGAAAGUUUAUAGGAAGACAAAAAUAAUUACAAAUUAUAAGUUUUCUUAUACAAUAUCUUUUUUUCCCCAAUUUAAUUUGGUUUAUUUGGGUUUUUGUUCAAAGUGUCUUUGAACAAAAAAAGAGGCUUAUGAAUGGUAAUAUAAAAUGGUUGUUCGUAAUAUGUUUUGGUGUUGUGGAAAUUGGCGAUUCUUGUGAAUCGGUUCAACGUUAAGCCUAGCUCCUUUGCUUUGUAAGUAUUACAUUCACUUUGUUUUUUCUAGCAGAAGAACUUGUGAUGCUCUUCAGCCACUGGAAAGCACUGAAGAAGCUGUUUAGCCAAGACAUGUCACUUUAA